AUGGAUAUAGUGAAUAGUAUAGACCAACAGUUAAGGUUUAGAAACAAAGAAAAAUCUAAGAAAAGGAUUGGAAUAUGCUUUGACACCCAACAUUACUAUGCGGUAGGUGGAGGCAAAAGAAUCGAUGAAUAUCGAAAUAUAUACAAUAUGUAUGGUCAUAAAAUAAUAGUAACACAUGUGAAUAAUAGUCCACCGGAAGUGAUAUUCAGUAAAGGAAUGGACAAGCAUGCACAUAUAAUGGAUCCAGCAGCAAAAAUACCUAUAGAA